GAGGAGGAUGAGAAGGAGGGUGGGGAAGCAUGCAUACACCGCCUCCCUUUCAAUCGCGCACAGUUCAUCCUGCAAAGCAAAGGAAACUGUGCAAGAGGGACAGGAAGCGCGCACCUAAGAUUGAGAAAUUGUUUUGCAAGGCUGCUUGGAGGCGAAGGGGGAGGUGGGGCAGCCAUCUCAGAAAUGGAUUUUGCAAGGAGCUGAGCUCUUUGCAUCGCGCUCCUAGGCUGCCGCUUUUUGCCCUUCCCUCCAUCCCUCCCUCCUUCAGCCCCGCUCUCGAUUCCCCCUUUGGGCAGCAGCACGUGCUGAAAGGGCCCUCCGAAGAGGAAUUCCGCUGAAGCUUUUCCACUUUGGGUAUUCUAACCCAGCCAACCUGGGGCCCUUCAGAUGUUUGGGACUUCAGCUCCCAUCUGAUGGAUGGAGAGUGGGCAAGGAAGUAUUUGGCAAAGGUUAAAGGAGCAUUGCCAUGAUGUUUUCUAGAAAGUCUUCCAAGCACAAUUAUAGCUGCACACAAGGGAGAAAUUAAGUAGGUGGCAUUUCUUUUCCCAAUGGAAAAAAAAUUGGCUCAAGUUGUGCUUUGCUAAGAAAUGAACACAUGCAACUACAACAUCCCUGGCAUGUGGCUGUUCAGCCUCUGCUGAAGCACCCCCAGCCUGCUCCACUGCCCAACAGCUGAUACUGUCAGGAAGUUCCUCCUAAUGUUUAUCUGCUUCCCUGCAAAUUUGGAUUGUCUUGCCCCCGGGAGCAACAGCCACAAUGUCACCCGAUGAAGUCAUCUACUUGGCAGUCCUUCUCGUUUCCAUCCCCAUCGGCUUCCUCUUCAAGAAAGGGGACCUGAGGAUCAAGCAGUUUGGAGGGACAGCUGCGGGGCUCGUGCUCACGCUGGCCACCUGCCACAUCCACACCCUCCACUCGCUUAUCACCAUCUUGGGGACUUGGCUGAUAAUCAACAUCUCACCAAGGGCCUGUCACUACCUGACACUUGGCUGGACCUUUUCCUACCUGCUCUUUUUCCGCACAAUCGCCUAUUUUGGCUUCCCAGAGCCAACACCUUUCACCAAUGCCGUGCAGCUCUUACUCACUCUCAAGAUGGUGAGCUUAGCCAACGAAGUACAAGAACUCACUUGGGCGAAGAAACAGGAUGUGACAUCAUUUGCCAAGAGUCCACUGAUUGGCGUGAUCCCUAAAAUGCCCGGACUGGUGGAGAUACUGUGCUACAGUUAUUGCUAUGUUGGGCUCAUGACAGGCCCGUUUUUUCGCUACCGCACUUACCACGAUUGGCUGAACCAGCCUAACUCCACAGUCAUCCCUAGCUGGAAACCGCUGCUUUCGAGAAUGAAAAUGAUCCCCAUCUUUGGGGUCUUUUUCCUGGUGGCAUCUCACUUCUUCCCCCUCCAAUAUGUCCGGAGCGACGCCUUCUACGAACGGGGACUUCUGUUCCGAAUCUUCUACAUGAUACCCAUCUUCUUCGUCUUCCGCAUGCGCUUCUAUGUCGCCUGGCUCUGCGCUGAAUGCGCCUGCAUUUCUGCUGCCUUCGGUGCCUAUCCAACCACCGCCAAAUCACGGUCAGGUGGUGGGCCCACUGUGGAAUAUGUGCCGAUCAGCAGCAACUCAGAUGAAGGGGGAGCGUCCAGCAUCACCUAUGAUUAUGAGACAAUCAAGAACAUUGAUCCACAUGGCACUGACUUCUGUGUCAAGGUGAAGGAUGGCAUGCGCUACUGGAACAUGACUGUCCAAUGGUGGUUGGCGCAGUACAUUUACAAAAGCGCACCCGUCCGGUCCUAUGUCUUAAGGAGCGCCUGGACCAUGCUCAUCUCUGCAUACUGGCAUGGGAUUCACCCCGGCUACUACCUCAGCUUCCUUACCAUCCCACUCUGCCUAGCAGCUGAGGGGGCGAUGGAGAGCGGCUUCUUGAGGCACCUGACCCCCGCCGGCCGUCUCUAUGGCGACUGGGUGCAGUGGUUCCUGAAGAUGAGGGCCUACGACUACAUGUGCAUGGGCUUUGUGCUGCUCACCUUCGAGGACACCGUCCGCUACUGGAGCUCCAUCUAUUAUUGCAUCCACUUGGGGGCAUUGGCCAUCUUCCUGCUGGGGAAAGGGCUGGGGCUCCAGAGAGGGCGAGCCUCCCAGAAGGACAAAGAUGGCGCUUUGGAGAAACCCCAGCGGCAGGAGUGAUGCGGCUGAGGCAAGGCUGUCAUAAGCCUGCAACGUGGAGUGCUGCCAAAGGCCCUGGAGGCUGAGGGAGCAGAUGGGACUCAACAUAAGACUUGUUUUUUUAACGUGUGUUUCAUCGUUGAAACCAUCGUUGAGGAUCCGACUAUAAGGAACCAGGAGUUGAGUCUCGAAAACUCAGCUCCUCACUUGUUCUCAUACCUGAGGACUUAGGAAUACCAUAACCCAGUGCCACCUCAUUAGGCACCAGUGUUUCCCUGGGGCGUGUGUGGGGAGGGAACUCCCAGAAAUCUUAUCUUCUAACACCUUUGACUAUUAGAUUUUCCUACUGGCUUUUGUUCACCUUCCAAGAAAGGUCAGAAGUCCUGGCUCCUAGCAUCUCUCCAGAACUUGCUUCCUCUUUCUUUUCUAUUUUUUUUUUAAAAACCCCAAACACACCCAUGUUACAGGAAGAGAAACUGGGACUUUGCAAGAAUAAGCAGGGCUCCAUUCCUAUCCUCAUUCCCAUCCGUUCCCAGCUCUCACCUUGGAAGUGGGGGCUUACUGCCACAAUUGUACCUUUUAAAGUGUAUUUGGCAGGGGAAAGAGAAUAUUGCAGAUUUGCUUCUGGGUAGUAGGUCAUCUGAGGAUACUAAGGUAAAAACACCGGCUCCCUUGACCUGAAAGCAAGAUGAGCACUGCAGUCCCAUAGUCACCUUUGACAGGAAUUAGCUGUCCAGGGGUCCUUUACCUUUACCUUUUACUAAGGUAAAUAAAAGCCCCAACUUCCUUCAGGGAACUCUGCGAAAACCUGUGAGGCUGUUGCUUUGUCCUGAGUCAGUGAUUUCUACCCCCCCCAAAACAGGAGUGAGAUUCUUGGAGGUGUAAGGUCACCUCUGUGUCAAGGAGUUUAGCACAGUAAGGCUAGUGCUUUAAGUACUGUGGAAUGGGAGAAGCCGAAACUAAGAAGCAAAAUGAAAUUUUGCAUGCCACAUCAGCCACAUUUAAAAAUGUAUCAGUGGUGAUCUUCAGUUAAAGGGAGCUGGUUCAAGUGGCAGCAAAUGUAAGCUUGUGGCUUGCAGAAUUUGCUUUAGGACACACAAAUUCUUGUCUUAUGGUUCUAAAACUUUUAAAUGUAUGUUGGGUUGGGAGCCCAUGACUUGACUGUCUGUAUUUUUUGCCUGCCUCAUGGAUUACGUCUUUGCAUUCUGAAGAAAGUAAGGUGUAAAACAGCUCAUCUCUAUAAACAUUGUGAUCCAGGUCUGAUUCAGCUUUAUUGGAAGCCUGAAUGUGAAAUAAAAACCUUUUUUUAUAAAAAAAGAA